AUGCCAGAAUCCACGGCGGGUCGGCCAGGCUUAAUAAUCGGGUUCUCGACUGCCGCAAAAAUAGUUGUGGGAAAUCCGCAUCCCCACCGGUUAUCCUCCAAAGCUGCCAAGCGCAAGCGCAACGCCCAAGCCGAUCUCCCGCAAAAGGUCCCUAAGGCUGCAUCCACGGUUCUCACUCCCCCUCCCGAUGGCGCCAGUCGAGAGCCGAAAAACCUCAGCACCGUCGUCCCCGACGAGGACCUCGAAAUCACCGUUGAGACGCUCACGACCUUGACUCAGUACCCCAGUCUGACCAAGUCGAAAGCAUGCAAGGAUCUCCGGGUGGCGGUCUACGAGUUCCGCCAGGCCUGUACUACGGGCGUUAACAAUGCUGAGGGCGCGAACCUGACCGCACGAAUUACCGGCGCCCUGGCCGACAAACGAUACCUGGAAGCAAAGAUCCUGCUUGCCGAGAUGAGAAUCCGGGGUGAACAGCCCAAGAUCGGAGCCUUGUGUCGCUGGGUACGAGAUCUCGACGUCGUCAGCGGCCUCUCCACCCAACCCGAAGCCCGCGAGAAGGCCUCCCUCGAGCGCACCCCUCAGGAUCUGGAACUUCUCGGCGUUCUGGAUGCCAUCCUACGUGUCAGCACUCCCAUCGACCUCAGAUCGAAUGCAGUCGACUCUACGGAUCCCAUCGCCUUCCAAUCCAUCUGGGACCUCCGUCCCCAGACCACGCCUCUCCAAGUAUAUGCCUCCGUCCUCGAUAAAUCGAUCUUGAACGAAGCUCCGAAAGACCCCGCUGCCCUUCGUAUCAUCGAAACGACACCUGGCCCCCUCCGCAAACCUCCGAAUCACCACCCCGCUAUCCUCUAUACUACACGUCCCAAUGCCGUCCCGCUGGACCCCGUUAGCCCAUCGAUCACAUACCAUCCCCACCCCGCAGUCCCAGGCCUCGGACUGGCCUUGAACGUCCUUACGCCAUCCGAAUGCAAGGCCAUCAUCGCGGCCGGCGAAUCCGUCAACUUCUUGCCCGACGUCCCCAUGCGCGAGGACGGCGACAUGAGCAUUCUCGCCCAUAACUUCUACUGGGUGAUCGACACCACAUUCCAUGACAUGCUCUGGGCACGUAUAUCCAAGUACGUGCCCCAAUCGAUCAAUGGCCGUCUCGUUCGCGGUAUCAACCGUCGUUUCCGGGUAUACCGAUACGUCCCUGGUGCCGAGUACCGUUGCCACAUUGACGGCGCUUGGCCGCCAUCGGGUAUCCUCCCCGAUGAUACAUAUGUGUACGAUGCCUCGCCGGAGGAUAAGAAGCAGAGCUCCAUGUAUACCUUCCUCCUCUAUCUCAAUGAUGAGUUCGAGGGCGGUGAGACGACUUUCUUCAUGCCGGCCGCGAGGGAAGGGACGCUAAAUGCAUACCCCGUGCGUCCUGUCAUGGGAGCUGUUGCCAUUUUCCCACACGGAGAGGCGAACGGGGCGUUGUUGCAUGAAGGGACAGGGGUGCGGAAGGGAGCGAAGUAUAUCAUUCGAACGGAUGUGGAGUAUGAUGUUAAGCCUAGCGAGGAGUAA